CUAAACCACCCACCCUCCCAAUUCGCUCCUCUUCUCCGUUUAACAAAUCUGUUCGGAGCGAAUAACUUGCAGCCUAGAAUAUCUAGAGAGAGAAAAAGAGAAUACCACUCUCUUCUCUCUCUCUAUAGAUACGUAUCAUAUUACCUAUAUAUAUAUAUAUAUAUGUAUGUAAACAUAAAUAUUCACCUUUAGAUAUAUAGCUAUAUACACAAAUAUACAUACAAUCCUUUGGAUAGCAGAUCUCGAGAUUCGGUCAAUUGCGCAAUAUUUUUCUUCGAUAGAACUGUAAAAGGAAUUCGACUUCGUUAUUGCAAUUUUUCGGUUACAUUUUCUGUUCAGUUGAGAUAACUGUUGGCGUUUUGGUUGAGGGAGGAGUUAUCGUUGAAUGUGAAUGCUGCAAGUAUUGGUAUUGUAGAGAGAGAACAGUUAUGAGUUUCAGUAUGGAUGAUAGAGGAGGAGGAUCAUUCGUGGCUGUGAGAAGGAUAUCUCAAGGACUCGAUAGAGGAGCCAAUACUUGCCAUACUACUUCUGUGGAGGUUGUGGCAGGAUCAGCAGCAUGGCUUGGCAGAGGCCUUUCAUGUGUUUGUGCUCAAAGGAGGGAGAGCGAUGCUCGUCCAUCGUUUGAUUUAACUCCAUCCCAGGAGGAAUGUUUGCUAAGGCUACAAAACCGUAUAGAUGUUGCAUAUGAUAGCUCAAUCCCUGAACAUCAGGAAGCUUUAAAAGCUUUGUGGAAAGUUGCUUUUCCUGAGGAAGAACUUCGUGGUUUGAUAUCUGAACAGUGGAAGGAAAUGGGCUGGCAAGGAAAAGAUCCAUCUACUGACUUUCGGGGUGGUGGAUUUAUAUCGCUGGAGAACUUGUUAUAUUUUGCGAUGAAUUUCCCUAAAUCUUUCCAGGAUCUUCUCCGAAAGCAGGAAGGUGAUAGAGCAAUUUGGGAAUACCCAUUUGCUGUUGCUGGCGUCAACAUCACAUUUAUGCUUAUCCAGAUGCUCGAUCUGGAAGCUUUAAAACCCAGAAAUUUGGUGGGAGCUACUUUCUUGAAGUUUCUUGCAGAAAAUGAAUCAGCAUUUGAUCUGCUAUAUUGCAUCACAUUUAAGCUGAUGGAUAAUCAGUGGCUUGCCAUGCGCGCAUCAUACAUGGACUUCAAUGCGGUCAUGAAGGCUACCCGUCGUCAACUAGAAGGGGAGCUUCUGCAUGAAGACAUAACACGGCUGGAAGAUUUGCCCUCAUACAGCCUUCUUAGUCGAUAGUGUUUGUAGUCCUGACCUUUAAGAAAAUGAGAGUGGCUUCCGUAUGCAUGUUUUGUGGCAUUUAUUGGUUUUUUUGUUACAUAGUAGCUUUCGAUGGUGGGUGUUACUUUCUAGAAGUCGGUGGAGAGGGAAAAUGAGGAUUAUACAGUUAAUGUUAGAGCAAGUACAAUGUUCUAAUGUUUCUUGAAUUUGGAAAGGGAUACAUCUGCUGGGUAGUCUCAAUAGUGGUGUGGUAGGAAAUUGAAAAUUGACCUUCAACUACUUUUCUCUUUAAUAAACUCUAAGGUGGUACCCGUCAAUUGGCUAUAACAGACUUUGCACGACAUUAGACCAAGACGUGCCUGUGUAAACUAACUGAUCCCUGAAAGGGCAUUAAUAUUGGCAUAUCUUAAGCUUCAA